AUGCUGCCCCUGCUUCUCGUCCUCUUUGCUCUGAGUCCCCAGGCCUGGGGCUUUCCCACCAUAGUCUCCCGCAAGGAGUGGGGGGCUAGACCUCUCACCUGCAGGGCCCCCCUGAGCCCACCCGUGCCCUUCCUCAUCACGGAGCAGCUCACCGGGAUGGAGUGCCCGGAGCAGACCCUCUGCAGYGAGAUGCUGCGGGGCCUACGGUUCCAUUCUGUCCACACCAAAGGCUGGUGCGACGUAGCCUUCAACUUCCUGGUUGGGGACGAUGGCCGGGUGUACGAAGGUGUUGGCUGGAAUGUCCAGGGUUCGCACACCCAAGGCUACAACAACGUCUCCCUGGGCAUUGCCUUCUUUGGCAAUAAGAUAGGCAGCAGACCCAGCCCUGCUGCCUUAUCAGCUGCAGAGGGCCUGAUCUUCUAUGCCAUCCAGAAGGGUCACCUGUCACCCAGGUACAUUCAGCCACUUCUCUUGAAAGAAGAGACCUGCCUGGCCCCUCAGCACCCAGGGGUGUCCAGUAAAGCUUGCCCCGACAUCACCCCACGGUCUGCUUGGGAGGCCAGAGAGACACACUGCCCUCAAAUGAGCCUCCCAGCCAAAUACGUCAUCAUCAUCCACACUGCCGGGACCAGCUGCAGUGUGUCCAUGGACUGCCUGAGCAGCGUCAGAGACAUACAGUCCUUCCACAUGGACAAGCUAGACUUCUGUGACAUCGGCUACCACUUCCUGGUGGGCCAGGAUGGUGCCGUGUAUGAAGGCGUUGGCUGGAAUGUCCAAGGCUCCCACACCUACGGAUACAACGACAUUGCUCUGGGAAUUGCCUUCAUAGGCAACUUUGUAGAAAAACCUCCGAAUGCAGCCUCCCUGGACACAGCCCAGGACCUGAUCCAGUGUGCCGUGGUCAAGGGGUACCUGGACCCCAACUACCUGCUGGUGGGCCACAGUGAUGUGGCUAACCUUCUGUCCCCUGGGCAGGCUUUGUACAACAUCAUCAAAACGUGGCCUCACUUCAAACACUGAGGGGGGCCCGCUCCUGAGGCUGCUCUCCCU